AUGCCAGCCAGUACGCUGGGAUAUCUCCACAGUAUCAAGUAUAGCCAGCCACCCAAGAACCGCGUCAAUUCGUUCGCCAUCCUCCUGAUCCGACUUCGCCCGCUCAAAAACGCAUUGCCAAGACCGGUCCUUGUCUGGAGGUCCGCAGUGAUAUUCAUGCGAAAUCUGCAGACUGCCGAAUUGGUUCGCGCCGGCUUAUCAAACCGCCCCAGCUCAAGCCAACAUUCACGCCACGUGGGACGCCGGUACCGGUGA